AAAAUCAAACAUGGUUGCCUUUCUUCUUUUGCUCCUGCCAGCAUUGGCGAUUGCAAGCAUCGACAUUGAAAUCACCGGCCAGUACGAUGGAGACCAGCCCUCUUUGAAAGUCUACUACUCCGGAAGCCAAGCUGACGUAAUUUCCAAUGAAGAAAGGAAAGUUUUCAAACUCGGUGACGAGGAACUCAAGAAUGCAGUCAGGAACUAUUUUGGAAAGAUGCCUGAUUCUGCUUACCUUCGUAGUCCAACACCUUGGGGCGAUCUAUACUCUACCUAUGAUUGGAGUCAGGUCAUCCGAACCCUCGUACCAAAGUCAGCACGCAUCCUAAAGAUCACAUCUGAACCCCAAAUUGUCAUGCAGCAAGUUUUUGAGAACAAUGGUUCCAAACCUGAACUUUUCAACAUGGGCAUUUACCAGGAUGUUCAGGAGACAGUUUCGUCAUCGUCGUCUCAUCCCCAGGAGUUGAACAUUGGUCAAGACAUCUCAUACGGUUUCGAAAUCAAACCCUUGAACCACAAUGGCAAGACCCCCUUCUCUUACACUUCGAAAUACGGUCUGAACUACAAGAAAUCCAGGACUGUCAGAGUUGGCGCUACAUCGUCAAUGAACUUGCUUCUGCAGGCAGGUCAGGCAGCUAUGGCUACUCUUGAAGCGACUCGGGUAACUAUCACGCUUGAGAUUGAAUAUGAAGCCAAUUUAUCCGGAGUAGUAGCUGUGAACUAUGAUGAGACUUACAAGGGUCAUAAUUUCUGGGGUCUUGACGUUAGGGGCGUCAUGGAAAAAGGCAAUCUUAACAACAAGGUGAGGUCUAAGGAAGUUAUUGAGAUCAACUACUACGUCACUUCGAAAGUGUCCGUCUUUGACAGAGCUUAUGGAGAAAAAAUGAUGGAAGUAACAUAUUGAAUUUAGAUUUAUAUU